UCGCUCUAUCAGAGCACGUAACUAAAAAAAAAAAAGCAAGCUAUUUUCCAGUAUAGGCCUUUUAGUACUGGUUUGAUAUAGUACUCUUAAACAUUUAGUUUAGUUUGAUAUUAUUGUAAAGCAAACAAUACCGUCCGUGUAAGCCACGCCGAGUCCCCUCGGCCUUGUAAGUUCUAUUUGCAAGUUGUAAGGAUGUAAUUUCCCACUUUGGCGACUGCACAGUUCACACAACCACGUCAUAAGCCUCAUACCUCAUAAGCAACGUUACUCCGGAACCCUGGUGCUACACAAAACAGCAUAGAGCUACAUAACCGAAUACGUCUUCAUACAACGGGAGCGCGACAUCAUGGUUCUUGAUCUAGACCUUUUUCGGACCGACAAAGGCGGCGAUCCAGAAAUUGUGAGAGAAACGCAACGAAAACGGUUUAAAGAUGUUUCCUUGGUGGAUAAACUCGUUCAAGCAGAUACGGAGUGGAGGAAGUGUCGCUUCAUUACUGACAACCUCAACAAAGCAAAGAAUUUAUGCAGCAAAUCUGUUGGUGAGAAAAUGAAGAAGAAGGAGCCAAUUGGAGAUGAUGAAACCCUCCCAGAGGAAGUCCAGAACCUGGAGACACUGACAGCAAACAUCUUAUCAACACUGAAUGUGACUCAGAUUAAGAAGGUUCGAAUGUUGGUGGAUGAAGCAAUUCAAAAAAAAGACGAAGAAAGGCUGAGGCUGGAGAUGGAGCGAUUUGAGUCCCUGAGAGAAAUCGGCAACCUCCUACACCCUUCUGUUCCCAUUAGCAAUGAUGAGGAUGCUGAUAAUAAAGUUGAGCGCACCUGGGGUGACUGCACAGUGCAGAAGAAGUACUCUCAUGUUGAUCUGGUUGUCAUGGUGGAUGGAUAUGAAGGAGAGAAAGGUGCAGUCAUUGCAGGAAGCAGAGGAUAUUUCUUGAAGGGACCUCUAGUUUUCCUGGAGCAGGCUUUGAUCAAUUUCGCCCUACGCAUCCUUUACAGCAAGAAUUACACACUCCUCUAUACACCUUUCUUCAUGCGGAAAGAGGUCAUGCAAGAGGUUGCACAACUCAGCCAGUUCGACGAGGAACUGUACAAGGUUAUUGGGAAGGGCAGUGAGCAUUCUGAUGAUACAUCAGUUGAUGAGAAGUAUUUGAUUGCCACUUCAGAACAGCCCAUAGCAGCUUUCUUGAGAGAUGAGUGGCUUAAGCCAGAGGACUUGCCUAUCCGUUAUGCUGGCAUUUCUACCUGCUUCAGACAGGAAGUGGGUUCCCAUGGUCGAGACACCCGUGGCAUUUUUAGGGUUCACCAGUUUGAAAAGAUCGAACAGUUCAUCUAUGCCUCACCUCAUGACAACAAGUCUUGGGAGCUGUUUGAUGAGAUGAUCUCAACUGCAGAAGAUUUUUACCAGUCUCUGGGAUUACCCUACCGCAUUGUCAACAUUGUCUCUGGUUCUUUAAACCAUGCAGCCAGUAAGAAGCUGGACUUGGAGGCCUGGUUUCCAGGAUCUCAAGCUUUUAGGGAACUGGUAUCCUGCUCCAACUGCACAGACUAUCAAGCUCGCCGCUUACGUAUACGCUAUGGCCAGACGAAGAAGAUGAUGGACAAGGUUGAGUUUGUGCACAUGCUCAAUGCAACCAUGUGUGCUACUACUCGUGUAAUAUGUGCUAUUCUGGAAAACUACCAGACUACAGAGGGCAUAAUCGUUCCAGAGCCACUAAGGGAGUUCAUGCCUCCAGACUUAUCUGAAAUAAUCAAGUUUGUGAAGGCAGCUCCUAUUGACCUAGAUUUGUCAAAGAAGCAGAAGAAACAACAAGAGGGAGGGAAGAAAAAGAAGCAGCAAACCACUGCCACUGAAUUGCAAAACAAAGUAGAGAGCAUGUCAGUAAAUGACUCUUAAAAAAAAAAAAAAAAAAAAAAGUCUUUCAGCUUUUGCUAUUCAUUAUUGAUCUCAUUAAAUAUUCUAUUUCAUCUGAUUAGGCUGUUAUAAUAUUUCCUGCCACCUCUAUCCCCCAUUCUUUUGGGUGGUAGUCAUGCAUGUAAUACAUUAUGAACAGUGUUUUAUGUAAACAUCACUGGUGACUUGCUGUAGAUGUCAACAGAACUUGCUUAAGAUGCAAAUGUGGAGGCACAUCAAAUAAAUGAAUGACACAA